UCAGAUUGUGGCGUUGAUCAUCUCACCUCCUUACAACGCGACUGAGAGACAAGCCCGUGUACUGUAAUCAUUAGCCAUAUCCCAUCUCUGAUAGCGACAAGGAACACAUCAGCUUUGAUCAGGAGGUCCAGAGCUCACAGCACACUGAAUCGAACGACUUGAAACGCACUGUUGACUGGUUUCAAGAUGACGGCGGCGCUCCAGCAGGAGCUCACUCAGCUUCAUUCAUUGGUCGAUGGACCCCCGUCCAGUGCGCCAGAAAUCAGUCAGAGGUUAGCUAAGCUAAAGGUUCACUUCGCUCAAUCUGGUCUCCUGUUCGCCUCUCCAGACUCAGAUCGUCACGAGCUCGCCCUGACCCGCUCUGUGCUGGAGAUAGGAGCUUUCCACGCUCUUCGCUCAGGUAACAUCAAAUCCUACCUCUCUUACGAUUCUCUUCUCCUGCCAUUCUACGACAACGCUCAACUAGAUGCAUCUCCAAAUCGACCGAUUAUCCUCGGCCUGAGGCUUCUAUACUGGCUCAGCGAGGGUGAUCUGACGGCCUUUCACACCAUGCUGGAGACUUUGGACCCCGAACAGCUUCAGGAUGUCUUCAUCAAGCUCGCUGUAGACUUAGAAAGAUGGCUCAUGGAGGGAUCUUACAACAAGGUCUAUCGUGCGCGUGAUCGCGUACCUCGGCCUGAAUUCGGCUUUCUCCUCGAACGUCUGAUGGGUCAAGUCAGAUCUCAGAUCGCAGCUACUGUUGAAACUUCGUAUACUUCUUUACCACUCUCCAACGCCGCGACGCUGCUGUUCUACAAGUCUGGCGAGACAUCUCAAUUGGUAGAAUUCGCCACACAACGCGGAUGGGAGCUCUCUCAUUCCACUUCCACCUUCACCUUCCCUCUGUCCCCCAAACCCGACAUCGCCAUCGCCGCUGCCAAGUUUAGCGAUCCGAACGCCUCUGCUCAGACAUUGGACAUUUUGCAGGGCAAGGGCGUGAAGAAGGGUACACCGAUGACGCGAAUGGUGGGACCCAGCCUGAGACUGGCUCAGCAAUUGGAGGCGGUGGUGUAAGGUGGUGAGAACAAAGAAAGUGCA